GUCGAUCAUGGCGACUCUCGGCGGCAGUCGCGGGGAUCGUCUCGGCAACUCAAAUCAUCAAAAGUCCUCAUUUGCAUCUCCAGAGAAAGUUCGUGAGCUUCUUAACGAUGGAGUGUCCUCAGCAGAUAUCGGAACCAACAGUGGAGAAGGAGAUUUGAAAGUUCUGGAAGUAAAAAGCAACACUCAAGCACCUUGCGAGGCAACGAACAAAGAAGCUUUUUUCUCAAGAGUCGAAUCCUAUUCAUGCUUGAAAUGGGCAGGCAAACCCCGUGUGCUGUCCCCCCUGAUGUGUGCCAGAUAUGGCUGGAUCAAUGUUGGCUGUGAUAUGCUCAAGUGCUCCAGCUGCCAGGCUUUCCUUUGUGCAUCACUGCAACCAACUUUAGACUUUGAAAAAUAUGAAUCCCGCAUUGCAGAGAUAUCAAGGCAGCUUCAGACGCAGCAUGAGAAGUUUUGCCCCUGGCCUGACUUCCCAUGCCCAGAGCGGUUCUGGCUCGUCCCAGCCUGUGAACCAUCAGCACUUCUCACUGCCUUCUUGGAGCGCUUCCAGAGCGCCUGUCUCCUUGCACAGCAGCUGCCAGCCAUGAAGCCAGAGCAGCUGAAGUCCAUGUCACUGACUGAGGAUGUUGUCAGUGUUAUACUGCAGCUGAUCGAGGAAGAACAAAAAAGAAAGGGAGGGGCUCCAAGCGCUGAACCUUUGGCUGUGCAGGUGGCUGCAUGCAUUGUUUCUCUCUGUGGCUGGGCUGCCAGCCCAUCUCUGCACGCCAUGAACCUGCCCAUCCUCACCUGCUCGUACUGUAUGCGCAAGGUGGGCUUGUGGAACUUCCACCAGAUGGAGGGAACGGGAGGUGAUGGCGAUGCCUCACCAAGCACUGUAGGCCCGUCUAUUCAAGCAACAGGUCCUGCCUCAGUCGCCCCGCAUGAGGGCCAGGGGGACCAGCCCGCUUCUGCCGCAUCCACUCCUGCUACAACUCCAUGUCGCAUGAAGCUGAGGAGCCAGGACUCCACCCGCUCUGACCAGGGUGAGGGAACCUCCUCCCCCCUGGCUUUGCGUGCCCGAAGCAGAGAUUCACCAAGCCCCUGUGAAGAGCUUCCAAGUCCUUUGACCAGGGGCAAAAGGACAGCAACUCGCGGUCGAGGUCAAGGGGACAACUCUGGGUCUGAUGGCACUGCCAACCUACAACACCCUCCUAAACGCCUGUGCCUGUCAUCAGUUUGUGGUCCAGAUGGGCUCCUGCAUAAGAAUGCAUUUGACCCCCUCGCACAGCACAGAGACUGGUGUCCCUGGAUCUCUGUCGGAAAGGAGAAUAUGGAUCCGGGGGCAAUCCCCUUUGUGGAUGGAGGCGUAGCACUUCAUCAGCAGGGCUGGAAGGCUGCUCUCGAUCUCCUCAUGCCCAUGAAGAAGAACUCUAAUACAGCAGGAGGCAGUCCAGCACAGGGCCCUCGUGACAAGUCGAAAAGGGUGUUUGCUAUAUUCCGUCAGUGGCAGGUAUCCUCCUCUCCAUCUCAGUAGACUGUUUCCAUCCAAACAGCAUUGCAACACUGAGCUGAUGAACUGACCUGCCCUCUGUUUGUGGUACAGAGUCCGUAGUACCAAUGACAGGAGUGUCAUAUCAUAUCAAUGUAUGCCAUCCCGUAACGUCGCGUUUACAUUCAAAGUGUUUCUGGAGGGAAAGGAAGCUGAUCGUGUCUUUAGGCAAAUGAAUGAGUGUCUUCUCUGUGAACAGUGAAAUAUGUGAAUGGUGCCCAUGUAGCAUUAAGACAUUUGAAUUCUGUGUCAUGAAAAUCGGGAUGUGCAGCUAUUGGGGGCCUUGUAUCACAUGUGCACAGAAGUAGUCAUCAAGUAAUAGAACACAUCUCUGCGUAUACAUUUGCCACAGGCAAGCCAUCUACAAUUAACGUCACAAGAAGACUGCUUCGGUAGUCCUUCAUGACAUUGUGAUGGUCUGGAUUUCUGUGGGAUAUAAGUGACAAGGAGUCCCUGAUCGUGAGAAAGGUCCAAAUGGCUUGACACUGGAAAGGCAAUGUUUACCUUCAAAGUAUGGUGAGUCAAGUGAGGGAGUGGUAAACAUUAACCUCAUCUUAGCAAAACGAAAAAAGAAAAGAAAAAACUGAGGAAGUUAUUUGUGUGUGUUUACUGUUGUGGAUUUGAGUUUUCUUAGAAAAGAACAGAAUCCUUUUGGUAGUGAUUUUUUUGUCAUUUAGUCAGUGCUAAAAUCCUGCUGAUUGCAGGCAGGUAGAACCAUGUGCCAUGAACUUCCAACCUAUUUUUAAUUAGAUUCAGGAUGCCUGUACUUCCUAUUUGCCUUUCUGUGAAUUGUCAUUGCUAAUUCAGUCCUCUCUAUUCUGCAUGUGCUUUUACUGCUAUCGAAUUUCCUAAAAGUGUUUAAUAAAAUGCUGUUCUGAAUGUUU